AUGGAUGGUAACAACACCUUUUUCGGAGCUGCUGCUAUACCAGCAGGCGAUCUAUCAGAAAUAGCAAGCCAUAAUGCCCUCGACGGGGCUGGUGGCGCCGAAUGCGCUACAACCGGGAUCCGGGAGGCGACGCCCGUACCAAUAACACCUACUGAUGAGACUGCAGCAGGAUAUAAGUGUGUGACUCAAUCUGGCGACGAUGUAGAAGCUAUCAAUGUUGGCCUUCCGGAUCAAGUCCCACGAUUCAAGCCUGGCAGCGUUAUCAAAUACAUAUCAUAUUAUUCAGGAUGGCCGGGAGGACAAGGACAGCUUAUCAGCGACACCAUGUGGGCCGCAGCAACAGAUUGGAACUCAAGGAAUCCUGGAGUGAAAUUUCAAUGGACACUCGUCCGGGCAGAAGCAGCUUUCGAGGUCGUAUAUGGCGGCACGCAUGCGACAGCCGUGGCGUCAGCGUUCUUCCCAAACGAGCCGCGAGGAGCACAACCCAGAAAAUUGCUGGUGUAUGAAAAGACUUUCACGUCAAGUGGUCUGGCGAGAAUGAGGAACUCUUUUCAGCACGAAUUGGGACAUGUAAGUCAAGACUGGAAGGCAAGAUCAAACGUCUUGUUGCAAAGUGGGUGCGAAAGAGGCCUGGGUGGCAUUGCAUAG